AUGGAAAACGAAGUUAAAUCAAAAUUUGAAAAAGAAGAAAUAGAAAUCGAGAAAUCAUCUAAAUUGGAAGACGAUGAAGAAUAUGAUUAUAUAACAGUACCACCAGAUGGAGGUUUCGGUUGGGUUGUUCUCGUGGCAUGUUUUCUAAUAAAUUUAAUUAUUGAUGGUUUUGUUUAUUCAUUUGGUGCUGUAUCAAACGAUAUUAAAAGUUUUUAUAAAACUACAGAAUGGGCUACAUCACUCGUUGUUUCACUAGCUUGUGGCUUUUAUUUACUUAGUGCUCCCGUAGCUUCUGCUCUGUGUAAUAAAUGGGGUUGCCGUCGAAUUGGUAUUAUUGGAAGUUGCAUUGCUGCAGGUGCUGUCGCAGUGUCUGUUCGUUCGCCAAAUAUUGUAUGUAUGUGGCUUUCAUUCGGUUUUAUUGGCGGUAUCGGUAUGGGCCUUGUUUACUUACCAAGUAUUGUCAUGGUUGGAUACUAUUUUGAAGAAAAGCGUGCUAUUGCUACAGGCAUUGUUACUGCUGGUACCGGUAUUGGUUGCAUUGCACUCCCGCCACUCGCAACUUUUAUAUUUGAUACAUUUGGUUGGAAAAUAGGCUUGUUCAUAAUGUCACUUAUAUUACUGUGCUGUGCUUUCUGCUGUAUAUUUAUGCGCCCUUUACAGCCGAUCCGAAAACGGCGUAUUAUAGCUUCUACUGGCAUAACCGGUGAAAAAACGAUGAAAGUCAUGACACCAGCACUUUCACUCAGAGAAACAAGAGUACCAGAAAUUAGUAUUACACCAGCAUCGAUCUAUCCUGAAGAUACAAAUGGACUUGAAGUAGUAUUUGAAGACAAAAUUGAAAAACGAUCUCGAACUCAAUCGGGUGUAUCAGCCAUAUCUGGUGUAUCGGCAAGAUCGGCCUUAUCAGCAAAAUCUCGACAUAGUAUUAAGGCCGAAGACGCUGUUCGUCCUUUAUAUAAAGAAGAUGUACUCUAUCAAGGUGAUACAAGAGAUCUACCAGAAUUUCAAAAUCAACCUGAUAUACCUACUUAUAUCCAAGAAACAACAAAAGUUCCCGAAGAAGUCGGAGAUAAUAAAAUGAAAGCAUUUUGGGAUAUAUUUAUUUCUAUGACAAAUUUUCAUCUUUUACGUGAUAAAAACAUGCUGAUUAUUUGUUUGGCAAAUGUAUUCUCAAUGAUUGGCUAUUAUACGCCUUUUUUAUUUAUUUCUAAACUAUCUGAAGAAAAACAAGGAGCUAGUAAGAAGAGUGCCGCAUUUUUAAUAUCACUUAUCGGUUUCACCAAUACAGCUUUUCGAUUUGGGUCCGGCUGGAUAACCAAACUUCCUUAUAUGACACCAUUACUAGUCCAUAAUAUUGGUUUGACUCUUGCUGGCCUGGUUACAUUAUUAGUACCAUUCUGUGAUAAUUAUUUUAAGCUAGCAUUUUUUUGCUUGGUUUGGGGUGGUUUUAUUGCAUUUCAUAUAUCAUUAAGUCCAGUCAUUGUUUGUCAAUUUGUUGGCCUUGAACUUUACAGUAGUGGAUUAGGUUUAUCAUUGAUGUUUCGAGGUAUAACAUCAUUAGCUGCGCCACCUUUAAUGGGUGCAAUUCGUGAUUUCACCAGCAGUUUUAAUGGACUAUUUGUAAUUAGUGGUAUUUGUUUGAUAAUAAGUGCAUUAAUGCAUUUUUCUCUUAUGUGGAUUAAUCGUCCAGCUAAAGUAGAAAUCGAUCAAACACAUAAGACUAAUGAAUCUCAUGAAAAUCCAGCUGCAUUAAGUGUUUAG